CUAUGGCCCUGCCUGUGAGGAAAGCCGUCUGUAUGUCAAAAUUUUUAUUUUGUAAUCUAAGGUCAAAAUAAAAACAUUUUUAAUUUUCAUACCUACGUAAACUACGUACGUAAAGAAAUAUGUGAAUUGUGAAAUAAUAUAAACUUGUUUUAUUCAAAAUGUAUAAAUAAUUGAAUGAAAACUAACAAUUUCACUAAUAUAUUAUUUUAAAAAUCAUUUAUGUUCAACACAUAUCCCUUAUCCUUUUGAUAUUCAGAAGAAUUGAAAGAUCACGAUAUAUUUCAAUUAAAAAUAGUGGAAAUUGGGAUAAACAAUAGGUAGUGGAAGAUGGGUGAUAAUUUUCAAAAUAAAACCAUGGCGCCGGUAAUGAUGGAUUAUGAGUUUAAAAUGAAAACGCAGAAUGAACGUUCUAAAGUUGAGGACCUGUUUGAUUACGAAGGGUGUAAGGUCGGUCGUGGUACUUAUGGUCACGUAUACAAAGCUAGACGGAAAGAUGGAUCGGAUACAAAAGAUUAUGCUUUAAAACAAAUAGAAGGCACAGGACUUUCUAUGUCAGCAUGCAGAGAAAUUGCUUUGCUCCGUGAACUCAAACAUCCAAAUGUUAUAAAUUUAAUAAGGGUAUUUCUUUCGCACACAGACAGGAAAGUGUGGUUAUUAUUUGAUUAUGCUGAACAUGAUUUGUGGCACAUCAUUAAGUUCCACAGAGCUGCUAAAGCUAAUAAGAAAUCAGUUAUGGUUCCAAAAGGCAUGGUAAAAAGUUUGUUGUACCAAAUUUUGGAUGGAAUACAUUAUUUACAUUCAAAUUGGGUGCUACAUAGAGAUUUGAAACCAGCAAACAUAUUGGUAAUGGGUGAAGGUCCAGAGAGAGGUCGCGUUAAAAUUGCCGACAUGGGUUUCGCGAGAUUGUUUAACGCUCCAUUAAAACCACUGGCUGAUUUGGACCCUGUCGUAGUUACAUUUUGGUACAGAGCACCAGAAUUGUUGUUAGGUGCUAGGCAUUAUACGAAGGCGAUUGACAUAUGGGCAAUAGGAUGUAUAUUUGCCGAACUGUUAACAUCAGAGCCUAUUUUCCACUGUCGUCAAGAAGACAUUAAGACCAGUAAUCCAUACCAUCAUGAUCAACUAGAUAGGAUAUUCAAUGUGAUGGGUUUCCCUCAAGAAAAGGAUUGGGAAGACAUUAGGAAAAUGCCGGAACAUGCCACAUUAGUUAAGGACUUUAAGAGAUCUAACUACCAAAAUUGCUCUUUAAGCAAAUACAUGGAUAGACACAAAAUAAAACCAGACAGCAAAGCAUUCAGUCUACUUCAGAGGCUACUCUUAAUGGACCCCAAUAGACGAAUAACGUCGGAACAAGCUAUGCAGGAUCCAUACUUUUCCGAAGAUCCGUUACCUACGCAGGAUGUCUUCGCUGGAUGUCAAAUACCAUAUCCAAAACGUGAAUUCUUGACAGAUGAUGAUCAAGAUGAUAAAAGUGAUUCUAAAGCGAGACAGAAUCAACAACAACAACAACCUAAUACUCAACAGAACCAAGUACAAGCUAACAGCCAUGACCACGCAGCAAAUAACGCGAAAAGGAUGAGGAUGUCAGGGCCGAAUCAAGGCAACAACAACCAGGGGAACCAACAGGAGUUCCAUCAGCAACAACAGAUGAUGUUCGGCGGGCAACAACAGGGCGGCGGGUCGCAACAACAAGGCAACUUUCAACAGCGGUUUUGAGGCUAAUUUUUAAUAUUUUUUAUAUAAAAACUUGUAAAUAUUAUCGAAUCAUAGUUUCAGUUUGUAAGGAAUGUAGCUGUAAUUGUAAUAUACUUUUUUGGUUACGUAUUUUUUUUUUAAAGAAUCAAAUUUGAAAUAUUAGCUGAUAUUUCGAAUCAAUUUUGCAGUGAUCUAAGUAGUUAUCGAAAAAUUU